UUCAGAGCCGUCUGUGUGUGAUCCGGUUCUUGGAGAGAGAUUCUGCCUUCCAGUUCUGGAAAAAGAAGCGAGGCAGUACCUGAUCAUUAUUAUAGGACUGUAUCUGUUUCGUUCAUUUAAUUUUGAUGUCACAUUUUAACUUUGACCAAUGGACACCGGUGUUCUCUUUCACCUGGCGCAUCUUAUUGCGCUUUCUUCAGCUCUACUUCCAGACUCCAGCACACAGGAAAUUUUUUGCUUUCACGUUAAAUCCGAACUUGGACGCACUCAGUGUAGUUUUCUUCGAAGACCUUCAGCAGAAGCGUCUGUUCUCUUUUACUGGAGCAUUUGGACAGCAGAUGAUCGUGUUGAAGAGUGCUCCAUAAGCGCUGAACCCGCUGUGUUACACAACUACAGGUCAGUGUGCAAUGAGCAGAGCAUGUGGGAUUUACACAAAACAUCACCUCGGAACAUCAAUAUAACUGCGCUUUUCGAGCCUGAUAGUCCAUGUGAACUCCAAUCGGUGGGCCGUUGGAACUUGAGGCCCCAGAAGUAUUUAGACACAGCCCAGAAGUAUGUAGACACGGACCAGAAUUAUGUGGACACAGACCAGAAGUAUGUAGACACAGACCAGAAGUAUGUGGACACGCACUAUCACGUGGGCUCUGAGAGCAGAAAGCGCCAGAAGCGCGCGUGGAUCUUCCCCGGGACCCUGUGGUGCGGCCACGGAAGCCGCGCUGGAGAGUACGAGCAGCUGGGUAUGUUUGAGCGUGUAGACAGAUGUUGCCGAGAGCACGAUCACUGCGACCACACAAUCCGCCCCUUCACUGUGAACUUCGGCGUGUUUAACCCAACUCUCUUCACCAUUUCACACUGCGAAUGUGACCGCAGGUUCAAGCAGUGCCUUGUAGAUAUUAAUGAUACAGUCUCAAAUAUGGUGGGCUAUACAUUCUUCAACAUCCUUAACCAACAGUGCUUUGAGCUUAUCCAGAAGAGAAGGUGCACCAAGAUCAACUGGAUUGGAAUGUGCACAACAGAUACGGUUGCCCCUUUUGCAGUCCUUAAACAUACAAUGACAUAUAAUGCCACAACUUCAAAUGCUGGUAUACUUGAACCACCAGUUUAUCAGGGAAAACCUUCAACUACUAUCAAACCAAAAAACAAGAAACAGAAACAAAGAAAACAAUCUCAAAAGGGUUAUGCUCCAGUAGUACCUGCGGCAGGGCAUACGUGUCUGUUGAGUGAAGCUAUUGGUAAACCAAAGACAACUACAUCAACUACAGCCCAGACCAAUUGCACAAUGAGCUGUAACUCAACAUUAUUCCAUCAGAAAUGUAAACUUGUAAAUCGAAGCACUCCAUUCCCAGCAGCAGCAGCAAGUACUGCUUCCAUGCAAACAACACCUAUAGCAUCUACACAACAAAAGACUCCUACAUCAAAGAAAAUUACACCGAAUAAAAGCAAACGCAAAAACAAACACAUUGACAUUACCACAGUACAAUCCAAGCUUAUUAAAAGAUAUAAACCUUUGAAAACCAAGGUGAAUGGUGAUCCAUCCAGAGGUGAUCAUUUCCUGCCCAAACAGCAGAAGAGAAAGGACAGCAAGCAGGACAAAGCAUUUUUAUUCAGCACCAUAUCGCCAAAAUUAACUUUAUCUCUGGCUAGCAAACGUCCAAGGACUAACAAAUUCUUUGAAAACAUGUCACAAACUAAAAAGGAUAAUGUUCCCAGAAGAAAAAUGAUAUCCAAUGCUGUAUCAAGCAGAAGUCACCCAGAGAAAACUAAAAAGUCAGACAUGAAACACAAGUCAGCCGUGGUAACCAAACUACCAAUGGCUUUGAAUAAAACCAAGCCAGCAAGUGAAACUUUUCAGCCAACAGCAAUAUGUGAUGUAACCAAACAUUUGGAUGAAUGCAAAGCCAGGAUACAUCCAAUGGAGAAGUUAUAUGGACAUCAUAAUACAGAGAGAACAACAAUCUACCACUGUGAUUGCAUAAACAGGUUGACUGAUCAUUUAAAGCACCUGGAGAGCAUUGCUUUACUGGAGAAACUACUAUGGAAAUUUGUCUCCAUGUUCUGCUUUGAAACACCAAAAAACAAAAAAUGCAGCAAUAAUACAAGAUGCUCUGCCAUUCUUUUCAAGGCCACAGAGUUAAAGUCAUCACUGAUCAAACUGGGAGGUCAGGUUUCAGUUAAAAAUAGAAAAAUAUCUACAAAUAAAAGAGGAUCUAAACAACUAUACAAACGUUGUAUUCGAAUUUUACAUCAUAGAAGCCUCAAUCAUGUAACGCAUAAUGCUUGACCAACUGGUAAAUACAGAUUUUAAAAAGUAUAAACAUUCUAACAAUGUCCUCUGAAUAAUAUAAAUACAAAAUAAAUGUACACAUUUGUUAUUUGUUUGUUUUAAUAACAUGUACUGUAUGCUUUAAAAUUAUAUUAAACCUGUAUGUACAAUGUGACUUUUAUAAUAAACUCAAACCCUG